AUGUCGGCCACCCGUCCCACGGAGCUGGACCCUCUGGUCGACCGGUUUCAACAUUUGUCAGCGAAAGCUCGCGCCGGAGAGGCCCUCCAAAUGCUGAAGAAAGUGGCCUCGAUCGUCAAACCGAUAAUGCGGCUCCGGAAUUGGCGGGUUGGUACGCUCACCGAAUUUUAUCCUUCAGAAGCCAAUCUUCUUGGCUUGAAUGUUGACCAUGGGGUGGAAAUCCGCCUGCGUCUUCGAUAUCCUGGGGACGAAAAUCAAUUCCUACCAUUAGAGAACAUUGUCGAUACGAUGCUGCAUGAAUUAGCCCACAUCGUCUAUGGGCCUCACGACCAGGCGUUCAACGCUCUGUGGGACAAGCUUCGCGAUGAACACGAGGCGCUCCUCCGGAAGGGAUACACGGGUGAAGGAUUCCUGGGCAAAGGCCAACGACUGGGCGGGAAACGGAUCCCCAUGAGUGAAAUCAAACGACAAGCUCGAGCAGCGGCAGAGCGACGACGCGACCUUGCCAGAGGAAGUGGCCAGAAGCUUGGCGGCCAGGGCAUAUUACGAGGACAAAAUGCGAGGGAGAUCAUCGCUGCCGCCGCUGAAAAGCGGUUGCGCAUCGAGCGCGGUUGCGGCAGUGUUUCAGACAAGGCCGGGCAGAUGGCGCAAGAAGAGGCAAGAAAGGAGAAAACGACGACAACCAAAGCCGAACGGGAAAACGAGAAUGACGCGGCGCUGAUGCAGGCCUUCAUCGACUUGAUCCAGGAGGAAGAGAGUCAGCUGUAUGGGAAAGACUACUUUCCUCCCAGCCAGGAGAACCCGGCGGGCGUCAAGGGCACAUCCUCUCCACCAGGUGUGCGCACAAGCCUGCAGCCUGCUCCCGUGGACAUAAAAUCUCUUCGUGAACAACAAGUCCAAAUUGAGCGACAGCUACAGAGGACUCGUGUGCCAAAGGCGCAGCCAGAGAAAGGACAGAAACCCGAGGCCGAGUCUAAGCCCAAAUCCACCCAACCACCCUCCGAUGCUUCACUCCUGACGACGUCGCAACCACAGCCCCCUCCGCGUGAAACGUGGACCUGCGAGAUCUGCACCCUGAUCAACCCUAUCCAGCAUCUCAUGUGCGACGCAUGUGGAACCGAACGGCCAGAAAUCUAUUCUUACCCACGUCCGUCGUCUCCCCUGGAAGAACAAACGUCCUCGACUUCCAGCUCUAAUCAGACCCGCUCCGCCGCCGGCAAAUCGUACAUUCGUACAACGCACGCCGCCCUCCAGCCGCGUCUACCGGCCGCCGAGUCACUCGCCCGGAUAGAGUCCCAGGCCCGAGCGAAGACGCAGGCGAAACCGAUGGGCUGGCUGUGCGGUGCCUGCGGGAACUGGAUGGAGAGUCAGUGGUGGACGUGCGCGGCCUGUGGGCGGAUGAAGGCGAGCUCCUGA